AUGCAGCCAACACAUCUGCCUCGUGGCAAUCAACCCAUUCAUCCCUCAACCGACCUCCGAUGCCACCUGGAUGCGGUCGUCGCAAACUACCUCCUCCAGAACUCAUGGCCUGGAGAUACUGAACUUGUCGAUUCAUGGCCUGGUCUGAGGGCCCUCAUAAUAGUGCUUCGUCACAUCCUCAGUUUCCUACCGCCAUCGGAGAGAUCAUCAGCGCCCUUCUCCCAGUUGGUUACCCAGAAUCCUGUUCUCAAGCUUGCCUGGCUGCAUGUGACCAUCCCACCUACCAAGGAGUACGAAACCUUGCACUCUCACAUCAGGUCACUCUUGCACAAGCCCGGCCAGCCACUCCCAACCCUUCUAAAUCUGCUCCAGAGUGAUCUCAUGAGAACUUCCCUCCUCUCACGUAAAGAGUUUCUACUUUUCCAUACACAGUCAUACUUACUGAGACCCGGCCCGUCACAAGCAUGGCAGCCAGCAGCCACAUUUACCCCCAAGGAGAUAGCUGACAAGAGCAUGAUCGUCUGGGAUGGCUCCAAGCCCCUGGCCGACAUGAUAGCGAAAAAGUUCGUGUGCUUGGCAUCCGACAAUGGGUGGUUCUAUGCCCAGUUUUGCAACUUUCCACUUUUCACCUUUGUCCACUACACCCCAUCCAGCGAUGGUAGUCCCAAGUUCACAGACAUCCAAACCUUUCAGUUUUCUGCGCGUGCGGUGACUUCGACUCCUGACAACCCAAGCUCGUACAUGCUCAAAGAGGUUCGAGUAUCGUAUACAUUGAUAGCAGUGGUGCGUCUGGGGUCGGAUGAUGGCUCCGUAGACUAUCCUCGACUCUAUGCCCUCAAUGGUGGCAACAUCCCUUGCCCAAGCAACGCCCAGAAGAGCAUGGGCCCGAACAAGUGGAGAGUAGGCCAUCCCGGGAGCCAAUAUGUAUUGCUUUACGCGAGCACAACGAUGCCAUUUGGCAUGAGACACGAACAAAUCCCGGAGUAUCAGGAGUUCCACACCCUGGAUGCCGAAGCCAUGCAACAGAUAGACAUGCUCGGAGAUCCAGCGAUAGACUAUGAGGAAGCUGUUCCUCGCGGCGCCGUUACUACCAUUCAGAAUACAGGAACCCCCUCCGUACCCCCUACGCAGCAUGAGAAAUCGUCCAAUCCUCAAAUGGAGAAGCAACCAGCCGUCAUAAAGCACACUACCUUUCCUCAGGCAUCCUCUCAGGCUUCAUCUCUGGCUUCGUCUCGAGUUACAUCUCAAGCUCCAGCCGCCAAGCUAGAUCUGAGGCUGCCCCCCAAGCCCCCAGCAGCAGAAGAAAGGCCAGAAGCAUUACAAGAGCCGGCCAUGUCACCGGAUACCUUUUUUCUGAACCCCUCGCAGCACCCGGCGACACCCCCUGAUCGUGAAGGUGACCCUGGAGAGACAGCGUCUGUAUUCGAUCAGGAAGAGCUGGAUGAUGACUUCGACAUACAUGCCAACCCGUUUGGCUUCCCCAGUCUGGAAGAUACCGGCGGACCCGGAGCAGUCGGCCCAGUGAACAAUGAUGUGCAGACGUCCACUACGCAAUCAUCGCAGACAGCGCUGGGUCAUGCUCCUUCCAACCCUUCGCCAGCUGCUCAGUCUGGCCAGAACGCCCCUGCAUUUGUACCCGCACCCACGCCCACUGCAUCUCAAGCACGCGCUGUAUUAGGCCUGCCGGCGACUGUCAGCCCUCAGAGCCCACCGGGCGAAACGCCUCAAGGGCCGUCUGUUCGUCCCACGGCUAACCUGGUGACCAUGACCCCAACCCAUACCCAGCAGCAGCAGAACCCGCCUGCUUUGAACCAGAGCUUCGAGUUCAGCCAGUCUGCCACCGGAGGCUUUGGCUUCGGCGCAUCACAAAACCCGACCUCCCUACCGAUGCAGACCCCCAACAGUGUUCCGCAACAGCGGCAUGGCCAUCCCACGAUGCAGGUUCCGCCGACACCCACACCACUCGCGGCACCUAGGGCGGGAGUCCCAACUCACCAUCCGCCCCAUCCAUUCGUUUUCAGGCAAGGCCCGAGCAACCCUAUACAGCAGCAGCCGGGAUUCAUGCCCAACAACCCACUACAACCACCUCAUCCCUUCCAGGUACUCAGCCUUGCACAACAGCAGAAUGCCGUGCCGUCGGGCCACGUCUUUGGGCCUCUCCGUGUUCACAGGCGAAAGGCCGUCCCCAACUUUGGAGUUCAGGCAGCCAGUCCCUACACUAUAACAGCACCCACGAAAGACGGCUUCAUCAAUUGGGACGAUGUAGAAUCGUCCAGCAACCAGAAUCACAAAGGCGAAGAACGACAGCCGACCCCACCGCCACUUGGUGGCGACGAUCGAACACGCUGGAAGGAGGCGGAGUGGCCCAAAUGUCAAGACAUUCGCCCAGUCGAAGGCGGUCCUCCCUUGGAUGUUCCAAGCAUCAUCACUCCCUUGGUCGAGGUGGAAAGGGUUGCAUUUGCGCCGUCAAUUUUCCACUGGAGUGCUUCAUUAAGAUUUCCCGGCAACAUCGCCGAGCUCGCAUAUGAGUUGGCUCUCCCUGUACUCGCCAGUUACUGA